CUAGUCUGCCUGCUGCCUGCCCACCGCUGGUGCUGCAGCUGCCGCCGUUUCUGCUGCGCCCGUUCAGCGAAUUUAAUAGAUCUGCCGCGCCUCCGCUUAUUUGCCUUCCUCCUCUGCCCUCUUCUGUUCCUCUCUUAACAACUCCUCCGCCCAUUAAUAUUCUUUACUAGCACAACCCAACCCUCUCUCUCUCUCUCUCCCCUUCUUCUUCUUCUUCUUCUUCUUCUUCUUCUUCUUCUUCUUCUUCAGAUCUGGAUGCGGCGCUCUCAUGUCGCUCCGCCGAUCCCUGAAAUGGCGGCCCUCCGAUCGCAGCCCCUGUCCGCCGAUUUGGAUUCGGCGAGAUCUCAUCGUCGCUUGAUCUCUUUUGCUUGAUCGGUCUCCUUGGUGUGGAACUUCUGGAGAUCGCAACCCCCUGGAAGAUGAAUCCUCUGUGCUGCAUUGCGCCCGUGUCGCUGGAGCGGGGCGACCGCGGGGACCCCUCCCAGGUGGGGACACUCAAGGCGGCGAAGCCCCCGCUGGGGGCCGAGAGCCCCUCCGGGAGCUUGUCCAGCAAGAAGCUGAUCCAGGCACCAACGAUACCCUCGGACUCGGAUGCCGCCGCGCGCCGCGAAGCGGCGGAUGAGGCUGCAGCUGCGGCGGGGUUAGCGGAGGGUGGGGAUGCUAAGAGUGGCAGUGGGAAUGGGGCGGUGGCGGGGGUUCUUUGGAAGUGGGUGAACUACGGGAAAGGGUGGCGUUCGCGGUGGUUCGUGCUGCAGGACGGGGUGCUGUCGUACUACAAGGUUCAUGGGCCGGAUAGGGUAUCGGUGGGGCCCGCAGCGUGCAAGGCUGGGGUGAGGGUCAUCGGCGAGGAGUCGCUGAGACGGGUGAGGAAAGAGCAGCAGUGGGAGAGCGGUAGUUUCGUGGGUUGGGGGGCUGCAAACCAGUGGAAGCCAUUUGGGGAGGUACACCUGAAGGUUACUUCAAUUCGUGCUAGCAAAUCAGAUGACAAAAGGCUGUAUAUUUUUACUGGCACGAAAACUCUUCAUCUACGGUGUGAUUCUAGAGAAGAUCGAACUGCAUGGAUUGAAGCUUUGUUGUCUGCCAAAGAGAAUUUUGCGCAUUUGCUGACAAUUAAUGCAUCUGAACCUUCAGUAGAAGUUACUGUCUCGACUGACAAGCUGCGAGGAAGACUGUUGCAGGAAGGACUGAGUGAAUCAACAGUGAAAGAAUGUGAGUCUAUUAUGCUAUCUGAAAUCUCUGAGCUGCAGAAUCAAUUAAAGUCUCUGCAGCAGAAGCAUCUUAUUCUGCUUGACACAUUAAGGCAGUUGGAGACAGAGAAAGUUGAAUUGGAAACUACAGUGAUUGAUGAAACAAAGGAACGUGAAGCACAUCUUGGACUGAUGAAUGGAAGAUUUAGCGAUUUCUAUUCAGUUAUAUCAGAGGGAACAGCAACUGACUCUGAAGCUGAUAAUGAAAGUCAAGGGGCAGAUGCAGAAACAGAUGAAGAUGAUGGCAUGUACUUUGAUACUAGAGACUUCUUAUCUUCCGAGUCACUUAGAAGUGCUUCAUAUCGUAGUAGGGAAGUUAUGGGUAAUUGUUGCACUGGGUCAACAUGUUGUACUGAAUCCUACUUUCCCGACAAUAUUCAAGAUAUUAGUACAGGAGUUCAAAUGAUUGAGUAUCCAUAUGUUAAGCGGAGGAACAAAUUGCCUGAGCCCAAGGAAAAGGAGAAACCUGUUGGUUUGUGGUCAAUAAUCAAAGAGAAUAUUGGGAAGGAUCUUUCUGGAGUCUGUCUUCCUGUUUACUUCAAUGAGCCACUCUCUUCUCUGCAGAAAUGCUUUGAGGAUCUGGAACAUUCUUACUUGGUGGAUCGAGCGUUAGAAUGGGGAAGGCAGGGAAACAGCCUGAUGAGGAUUCUUCACAUUGCUGCUUUUGCUGUUUCUGGGUAUGCUUCGACAGAAGGCCGACAGUGCAAACCCUUUAACCCUCUUCUUGGUGAGACAUAUGAAGCUGAUUAUCCAGACAAGGGCCUCCGCUUCUUCUCUGAGAAGGUGAGCCACCAUCCAAUGAUUGUUGCUUGUCACUGUGAAGGUAGAGGAUGGAAAUUCUGGGGUGAUUCCAAUCUAAAAGGAAAGUUUUGGGGCCGAUCUAUUCAGCUUGAUCCUAUUGGGAUCUUAACUCUUCAGUUUGAAGAUGGAGAGACAUUUCAGUGGACUAAAGUCACUACUUCAAUAUACAACAUAAUUAUUGGAAAAAUCUAUUGUGACCACUAUGGUACUAUGCGAAUAAGGGGCAGUGGCCAUUACUCCUGCAAGCUCAAAUUUAAAGAACAGUCCAUCAUUGAUCGUAAUCCCCAUCAGGUGCAUGGUUUUGUGCAAGAUAAUAGAACCGGUAACAAGGUAGCUAUGUUGAUAGGUAAGUGGGAUGAGGCCAUGUAUUAUGUGCUCGGAGACCCAAGUACAAAGCCAAAGGGUUAUGAUCCAAUGUCAGAGGCUGUGCUGCUUUGGGAACAAGACAAGUCUGUAACACAAACACGAUACAACCUCACACCAUUUGCUAUUUCAUUAAAUGAGUUGACACCAUCCUUGAUGGAGAAGUUGCCCCCAACUGACUCCCGCUUAAGGCCUGAUCAGCGGCAUUUAGAGAAUGGUGAAUAUGAGCUGGCAAAUGCAGAGAAACUCAGGCUGGAACAGUUGCAAAGACAGGCAAGGAAACUGCAAGAGAAGGGAUGGCAACCAAGGUGGUUCAGAAAAGAUGUGGAGGAUGACUGUUACCAGUAUGUGGGUGGAUACUGGGAAGCAAGAGAGGAAGGAAAAUGGGAUGGAAUUCCAGAUAUAUUUGGUCAGGGUGACACUUUGUUGAGUACAGAGUAAUAUGUUUUUCUACCUUCCAUGUGUAAGUAGUAAGGAAAAUUAGAUGCACAGUAAUUUAUAAUUAGGAGGAUGGACUUCUCUUUUGUGAAGCAUCAGAUGUUUGAGAUCAAGAUUUCACUAUCAUCAAUUUUAUUUUAGAUA